GAAAAAGUUCUCAAUUGGAUACUCUCUAUUCUCGCGUAAGAGGGAUCAGCCAAUCAGAAUGUGUAUAUCCCCCAGAAAAGCUCCGCCCCUUCCCUACGUAGCCUUUGGUGGCGGGAAAAGUUCGGAAGUUUUCGCGCCGGGGCGGGGUCAUCUGGGGACCCUCCGCGCGUAUUUGGAGGUAGUAGUUCCCAGGAGGCGAGCAUGGCGGGGACCGUGGUACUGGACGACGUGGAGCUGCGAGAGGCGCAGAGAGAUUACCUGGACUUCUUGGAUGACGAGGAAGACCAGGGAAUUUAUCAGAGCAAAGUUCGGGAGCUGAUCAGUGACAACCAAUACCGGUUGAUUGUCAAUGUGAACGACCUGCGCAGGAAAAAUGAGAAGAGGGCUAACCGCCUCCUGAGCAAUGCCUUUGAGGAGCUGGUUGCCUUCCAGCGGGCUUUAAAGGAGUUUGUGGCCUCCAUUGAUGCUACUUAUGCUAAGCAGUAUGAAGAGUUCUACAUAGGAUUGGAGGGCAGCUUUGGCUCCAAGCAUGUGUCUCCCCGGACUCUUACUUCCUGCUUCCUCAGCUGUGUGGUCUGUGUGGAGGGCAUUGUCACUAAGUGCUCUCUAGUUCGUCCCAAAGUCAUCCGCAGUGUCCACUAUUGCCCUGCUACCAAGAAGACUAUAGAGCGACGUUAUUCUGAUCUCACCAGCCUGGUGGCUUUUCCGUCCAGCUCUGUCUAUCCUACCAAGGAUGAGGAAAACAAUCCCCUUGAGACAGAAUAUGGCCUUUCCGUCUACAAGGACCACCAGACCAUCACCAUCCAGGAGAUGCCGGAGAAGGCCCCCGCCGGGCAACUCCCCCGUUCUGUGGACGUCAUUCUGGAUGAUGACUUGGUAGAUAAAGUGAAGCCUGGUGAUCGAGUCCAGGUGGUGGGGACCUACCGUUGCCUUCCUGGAAAGAAGGGAGGCUAUACUUCAGGGACCUUCAGGACUAUCCUGAUUGCCUGUAAUGUGAAGCAAAUGAGCAAGGAUGUUCAGCCUUCAUUCUCCGCUGAGGAUAUAGCCAAGAUCAAGAAGUUCAGUAAAACUCGUUCCAAGACAUCACCAGUUACAGCCCGGACGCUGGAAACUCUGAUUCGCUUGGCCACAGCCCAUGCCAAGGCCCGCAUGAGCAAGACUGUGGACCUGCAGGAUGCAGAGGAAGCUGUCGAGUUGGUCCAGUAUGCUUACUUCAAGAAGGUUCUAGAGAAGGAGAAGAAACGUAAGAAGCGAAAUGAGGAUGAAUCAGAGACAGAUGACGAAGAGGAAAAAAGCCAGGAGGACCAAGAGCAGAAGAGGAAGAGGAGGAAAACUCGUCAUUCCGAUGCCAAGGAUGGGGACACCUAUGACCCUUAUGACUUCAGUGACACAGAGGAGGAAAUGCCUCAAGUGCACACUCCAAAGACCGCAGACUCGCAGGAGACCAAGGAGUCCCAGAAGGUGGAAUUGAGUGAAUCCAGGUUGAAGGAAUUCAAGGUGGCCCUUUUAGAUGUGUUCCGGGAAGCUCAUGCGCAGUCGGUGGGCAUGAAUCGCCUCACAGAAUCCAUCAAUCGGGACAAAGAAGAGCCUUUCUCUUUGGCAGAGAUCCAGGCUGCGCUGAGCAAGAUGCAGGACGACAACCAGGUCAUGGUCUCUGAAGGCAUCAUCUUUCUCAUCUGAGGAGGCCUCCUCUCUGAACUCUGGGUUCUGCCAAGGAAGUUUCUUCCAUGUUUCCUCUCCCCUCCCGGUCUUUGCCUUCAUUCCCCGAAUAACGUGUUAAUUGAAUUGAAGUUGAUGGACAUGUGACCAAGCUGCCGUGGGAUAAAGAGAAGAAAGUGGGCCAGGACUAAGACUGCUACCUGUCCAUCCAUUCAUUCAUCCGUGACUCAUUCUCCCCGUUUCCUACCCAGAACAAACCAAGCCACUGUUGGCUAUAAAUAACAUAUAAUCCCUGACAAGGGGGCAAGGGGAACCACAGCUUUUUCUUUUGUGUGUCCUUUCUGUGUGUGUUGGCUGUGUUUUCUCUCCUGAGCACGCAGUCUAGAACAGGCCUUGAGUGGUUCUGUGCUGGUGGAGUGAGGCUCUGGGGCAAGUCGUGAAGGUCAAGCAAGCUUGCUUUGCUGUAGCACCAGUUAAGGUUAAUACAUGCUUCUGACCCAAAUAUCUGAGACAUUGAAUAAACUUAACUAUUUUUAUAUUAUA